GUCCUUCUGCAGCUUUUGCUCCGAGCCGCCGCUGGAAACGGGGUCCCCGCGCAGGCGGGAAGGCAGGCGCGAUGUAUGGCUUCGUCAAUCACGCCCUGGAGCUGCUGGUGAUCCGCAAUUACGGCCCCGAGGUCUGGGAGGACAUCAAGAAGGAGGCACAACUGGAUGAAGAAGGGCAGUUCCUAGUCAGAAUCAUUUAUGAUGAUUCUAAAACAUAUGAUUUGGUUGCUGCAGCAAGCAAAGUCUUAAAUCUUAAUGCUGGGGAAAUCCUUCAGAUGUUUGGAAAGAUGUUUUUUGUAUUUUGCCAAGAAUCUGGUUAUGACACCAUCUUGCGUGUCCUGGGCUCAAAUGUCAGAGAAUUUUUGCAGAACCUCGAUGCUCUGCAUGACCAUCUUGCUACAAUAUACCCGGGUAUGCGUGCCCCUUCCUUCAGGUGCACUGAUGCAGAAAAAGGGAAGGGUCUCAUUCUACAUUACUAUUCAGAAAGAGAAGGCCUCCAAGAUAUUGUCAUUGGAAUCAUCAAAACAGUUGCUCAGCAGAUUCAUGGCACAGAGAUCGACAUGAAGGUUGUUCAACAAAGAAAUGAAGAAUGUGAUCACAUUCAGUUUUUAAUUGAAGAGAAAGAGUCUAAAGAAGAGGAUUUUUAUGAAGACCUGGACAGAUUUGAAGAGAAUGGCACACAAGAGUCUCGCAUCAGUCCUUACACUUUUUGUAAGGCUUUCCCUUUUCAUAUUAUAUUUGAUAGAGAUCUUGUUGUCACCCAGUGUGGCAAUGCAAUAUACAGAGUCCUUCCACAGCUCCAGCCAGGAUACUGCAAUCUCUUAUCUGUAUUUUCUUUGGUUCGGCCACAUAUUGAUAUAAGUUUCCAUGGAAUCCUCUCACAUAUCAAUACUGUCUUUGUUUUGAGGAGCAAGGAAGGGCUGUUGGAUGUGGAAAAGCUGGAGUGUGAAGAUGAAUUAACUGGUACCGAAAUUAGCUGCUUACGACUUAAGGGUCAGAUGAUCUACUUACCUGAAGCAGAUAGUAUUCUCUUUCUUUGUUCUCCAAGUGUGAUGAAUUUGGAUGACUUAACAAGAAGAGGGCUAUAUCUUAGUGAUAUUCCAUUGCAUGAUGCUACCCGUGACUUAGUACUUCUGGGAGAGCAGUUCAGAGAGGAAUACAAGCUGACCCAAGAGUUGGAAAUACUAACGGACAGGCUUCAGCACACAUUACGAGCAUUGGAAGAUGAGAAAAAAAAGACAGACACGCUUCUGUAUUCUGUCCUUCCUCCAUCUGUGGCCAACGAGCUGAGACACAAGCGCCCUGUGCCAGCGAAGCGGUAUGAUAACGUGACCAUACUUUUUAGUGGCAUUGUGGGAUUCAACCCCUUCUGCAGUAAACAUGCCUCUGGAGAAGGAGCCAUGAAAAUUGUCAAUCUUUUAAAUGAUCUUUACACUAGAUUUGAUAUUCUGACUGAUUCACGAAGGAAUCCCUUUGUUUAUAAGGUUGAGACAGUGGGAGACAAGUAUAUGACAGUAAGUGGCUUGCCAGAGCCAUGUAUUCAUCAUGCCCGUUCUAUCUGCCACUUAGCAUUGGAUAUGAUGGAAAUUGCUGGACAGGUUCAAGUUGAUGGAGAAUCUGUGCAGAUAACCAUAGGCAUUCAUACAGGAGAAGUAGUUACUGGUGUCAUUGGCCAAAGGAUGCCUCGUUAUUGCCUUUUUGGAAACACUGUUAACCUAACAAGUCGAACAGAAACCACUGGAGAAAAGGGGAAGAUCAAUGUUUCUGAAUAUACCUACAGGUGUCUUAUGAGUCCUGAAAAUUCAGACCCACAAUUCCACCUGGAACACAGAGGUCCUGUUUCUAUGAAGGGUAAAAAAGAACCAAUGCAAGUUUGGUUUUUGUCCAGAAAGUGCACAGAGACGGAGGAAGUAACGCAUGAUGCUAACUAAGCCAAGGGAGGCACAAGAGGACAACAAACAGAGUGGAACACCGUGUCUUGUCACUAACUCCAUCUGGUAGUAAUUAGAUGCUGCUGCUCGUGCUACAUUCUGUACCUCUCCUGUUUGCUCAUGGGAAAUGUUUCCGAUAGUAACUUUUUCUUACUAGCUGCUUUUUUGUUCAUUUGGCUUUUGAUACUGUCUCCUUUGGUCUUUCUUACCAUAUCAUCCAACACGAAUUCAAAUGUGAUCCAGCUAACCAUGCUAAUGUAGUGUACACUGCCAUGUGCUUCCCGUCACCCUCUGUAGUGACUAGUCAUCACAAUAUUUAUGGUACUGUGAUUCAAAAUGGUUCCUGAACAAAAAGAAAUUCCAAGUGGUGGGAAGACUCCUCCUGAGCUCAGAGCCUCGAUAUUUUUAUGAGAGCGAUUUGGCAUUCUGAUUUCCACUUAUUAUACUAAUCCAUCUGUCUUCUAUUGUGAAAUGUUUUAGCUUGUUCUAGAAGCUAGCUUCCAUGCACUUCAGUUGCUCUUUUCCUAUGUGUUGGCUGUCUGCUGAUAUAACAUAUGCAUUUUCUAAGAAAAUGAGGUGGUAUAAUAGACCACUUGGAAAUGUGUGCAAAUUUCUACUCUAAAUUGGAUCAGAUCCUCUCCCUUUUCUCUUUAUCAGUUUAAUAGUGGUAAAGUUGAUUCAUGAUAAUAUGUUGCCAGACAACUUUUUAUAUCAUGCAUGAUGGUAUUAUUUUGUAGGGGGAAGAGGGCUUUGGUGUAUGUGUAUGGGAAUUGUUACAAACAAACAUUUGCGCACCCAGUUUAAGUACCAGAAUAAGACACAAUUUUUGGACCUUGGAUCUGACCAGAUUUAUCCCGAAGUCAGGGUGGACUAUGAAAAUCCACAGGUUUCCUGUUACUCUGGACAUUGUUCUACUGUACAGAGAUAUUGGCAAAGGCUGUGCCCUCAUGGCAUGGUUGGGGCCUUCUCCAUUAUCCCAUCCAUACAUACCAAAUCUUCGUGUGGCACCUUGAUCAAACCUUUGGGUGAAUGUUGUUGGGGUUGGGCAGGUGGAUUCACUCCUCUUCCUCCUGCCCCUACAUUCAUACUUUCCCAGGAUUCAAACAGAGCUACCUGAGAUGGUUGUCAAGAAAACCCUUUAUAUGUUCUAAUUUUCAAAAAUAUCCUCAUUCUUUGUUUUAUUGCUUGAAAUAGGGGGUGGGGGCUGAUCUUCUAGUCUAUGAAGAACCUUGAUGGUUCACCUUCAUCCUGAGUCUUUCAGUGUAAACUCGUGUCAGUACAACUGCCCUAUAAACAACAUUCAUAUUUUUAUGAACUGUUUAUCUGUAUUAAGUUCUAAAUUUGUCAAGACAAAUGAGUUUGUUUUAGACAUUUUGUAGGAAUAAUGUCAAUCAUUAGUUUAUUAUUAAUAAUUUUGUCUUUAUAAGAUACCACUCAGUACAUGUAUAAAUAUAUAUGUACAUAUAAAUGUUAUGUAUAAAUAUUGUCAGUAUCUAGUAUAUAUAUAUAUAUAAUCAACACUAUAUGUAUAAAUGUUUUAUGUUAUUAUGUACAAGGAAGGAUUUUAAAUUAUGGGCUUUCCCCACUGAUUUCUGGAAGGUUCUUUUUUAAUUUUCAGUGAAAAAAUGUGUUAAUAUUGGAAUUGAUAAAUUAAAUAUACA